ACGUGCUUUGGCUUCUCAUGUGCGUGGCGUUACGCAGACGCUGUGUUUAUAGGAUCAAACACAGCAGUGGCUCUGCAUUGAACACAGUGACAAGCAGCUUACAGACGAGAGAGAAGCCAAAACCAUACAUUGCUGCGGGAUGGAGUAAGCCCAACUCUCUCUGUCUCUCUCUCUUUGUGCUUGAUUCCCUGGAAGAACGGGUCUCCCUGUGUCUACGGGUGCACAGCUGAAGCUCGAGAUCUUUGGAGUCACCACGGACCAAUCAGCACAGAGACUUGAAUAUGACAAACUGACAGCAAUUCUUUCUUCCUCAUUUUUAAACACGGUCAUCUAUGGCAUCAACAGACAGACCCUUCUUCUGGGGGUUCCUGCUGUGGUCUACGACAUGGACUUUGGUUUGGACAUUUACUCCAGAUGAAGGGUUAUCAGCCAGUCCGGUACUUCAAAAAACCACAACAGCUUCCACGGAGACGGGGAUGAACAUCACUGAUCCCCCCACUACCAACAACACAGGUCUGAGCUGCGCUUCCCUGCUGCCCCCUCGGCGAGGUUCUUUCUAUGUCGAGAAGGGCACAGCAAUGUCUCUGGGUACGGUGUUGGCAUUCUGGUGUCUUGAGGGAUACCAGCUGGUGGGCAGUGAGAAAAUCUCCUGUGUGCUGCGGAGCAACACUCCUCAAUGGAGCAACUACCCACCAGAUUGUGAGGCCAUUCCCAAACCGGAGGAUCGGGGGUUGAGAGUGGCCGUGCUGGCAUCUGUGGUGAGCAGCAUCAUCAUCUUUGCCAUGUCCGUGUCCUUUAUCAUCUGCUGCCUGCAAGAGCGCAUGAGCAAGAGAGACAGGAGCGAACGGACAGACGGCAGGAGUCGGAUGAGAGACCAGCACAAGCCCUGGAGAAGUGAGUGCUGGCUGGAAGGAGAGGAAGGCGACUGGGAGGCUUUUCCUCCGCCUAAAAUUUACAAUCUUUCCCAGCACCUUGAUUCCCUUCUGUCCCUUGACAGCCCGGUCUAUAUGGGUGGUCUAACUGGUUAUGAUAACCGUGGAUAUCAGAGAAGUCAAGAAAACCUUUUAAAGGCUCCGCUGCCUGGACUCUAUCGCUCUGACAGUCAGGUGUACCCACAUGUCGUCCUGCAGAGGGUGCCCACAACCACAAUGCCAACUGCACCCAGUGCACCUGUGUACCCCCGUCUCUCCACCCCUCUGCCCACAGAAAACCCCACCGAAGGGCCUGCUCUGCCCCCGUACCCCAAACCCUCCUAUCACAGCCCCGGUGGCACUCCACAGCGUCUGUGGCCAUAGCAACGCACUUGUGUGUACAGAACUUUUACAACAAUCGUCAUGGCGAUGGCUUAUGGCUUCCAGAUGGAAAUGACUCCUGCAGUGUGACUGGGGCUCAGGAAAGUCUGAGAAAUGAUGGACUAAAGUGUAUGUCUUAUUUGAGAGCCGCCUAGAUCAUUUCACAUCUCUACAUCUAGGUGCUGGCCAAACAGUGUUUCUCUUCUCUCUGCUCAGUAACAUUUAGGAACUUAGUACUAAUUCUUAACGUCUGAUGUUUUCUAUGGAAAUAUAGGUGAAUUACACUGAUAUCCUGAUAACGGACUGACAUGGGGAUCACGUGAACCUGUGAAACUUGAUUUUGUUUCGAAGACAAAAAAUAAAAUUAUUAUUUCUA